AUGUUUUUCUGCCGUUCUGACCGUGCCAGCUGCAAAGCCCUAGUGUUGAUUUUUCAGAGAUACGAGCUGGCCUCCGGCCAAUGUAUCAACCGCAAUAAAUCGGCAAUUACCUUCUCUUCCAAGACGCUGUCGGGCACAAAGCAUAAUGUUAAAUCAGCCCUUGUUAUAGGACAAGAAGGAGGCAUAGGAAAGUACCUCGGUCUACCUGAGCACUUCGGGAGAAGAAAGCGCGACAUUUUUGCCUCCUUGGUGGAUCGUAUCAGACAAAAAUUCCAUGGCUGGACGACUAGGUUUCUGUCGGGAUCUGGGAAGCUAGUUCUGCUGAAAUCCGUGCUGGCAGCAAUGCCUUCUUACGCCUGCUUCAAAUUGCCUCAGUCUCUUUGUAAACAAAUUCAAGCGGUUUUAACCCGGUUCUGGUGGGAUCAGAAACCGGAACAGAGACGGCUCUGCUGGAUCACGUGGGACAGACUCACGCUUCCGAAAUCUGUUGGUGGUCUCGGGUUUAGAGACAUCGAACUGUUCAAUGACGCCUUACUAGCCAAACUAACCUGGAGAUUGCUAAAGAACCCAGACUCCUUGCUUGGGCAGACAUUACUCGGGAAGUAUUGCCGUAACGAGAGUCUUUUGGAAUGUUCUUCUGGUGGAGCUAUGUCGCAUGGCUGGCGAGGAAUUUUAGCGGGACGGGAAGUCUUAAAGGUAGGUGUUGGAUGGGCCAUAGAUGAUGGCAGGAACGUCAACCUCUGGACAGAAAACUGGCUUUCAACCAGUGGUGCUCUACGCCCUAUAGGCCCGCCGACCUUUGAGGAAAAAGACAUGACUGUAAAAGAUCUCCUCCAGGCUAAUACUGCAGAAUGGAAUGUCCCAGAGAUCCGGUCUCAUUUACCGCAGUAUGAAGCAGCUAUCAGACUCAUCCAACCCAGUUCGCUCAAUAUGGAAGACACGAUGGUGUGGUUACCAGAGAAGACUGGCUAUGCUAUGGCAAAGCUUGCGGAAGGGAACAAAACACAACAAGCGGGGAAUGGUUCUUUUAACUGGAAGGUGUGUGUCUGGAAUGUUGAGACCUCCCCGAAGCUUAAAGUUUUCUUGUGGAAACUGGCCAACAGAGCUCUACCAGUGGGAGAAGCCCUGGCCAGAAGGGGUAUUGCGGCUACAACAACUUGCAAGAAGUGUGGCGCUAAUGAGAGUGAGAUCCACACCUUUUUUCAAUGUCUUUUUGCGAAAAAGGUUUGGUAUCUCCUCCCCGCUAUGCACAAACCUAUUGAAGCAACCCCGACGAUCCUGAACUUGAUCGAGAAUGGCAAGAGGAUGAUCACUCUCCCGCCAGCAGUGGUUAAAUGGGGCCUCGCUCAAGUUAUAUCACCACCAAAGCCUCCUGCUCCCCCGCUGGCUACUGCUCGAAACUAUAGCUCCUCUGAUACUCUUUGUUAUACAGAUGGAGCGUGGGAUGCGAUCUCAAAGACCGGUGGUAUGGGGUGGUGGUUCAAAGAUCACAUGGGGCUGAUGAUGGUACAAGGCGCUAAUGGAAAGCGAUAUGUCGGUUCUGCCUUGAUGGCAGAGGCUCUAUCACUUAAAAUGGCGUUGGAAUUUGCAACUGGCUUAGGUAUCCAAGACCUAAGAUGUUUUUCAGAUUCUCGCAGUCUUGUGUCAUUGCUUACGACGAACUCUUCUGUCGUUGAGCUUCAAGGGAUCCUCCAUGACAUAUGCGUGUUGAGUAGUUCUCUUACUUCUAUCUCUUUUCAUCACAUUUCUCGUUUGGAGAAUGGUGUAGCUGAUGGGCUAGCUAAGUCUGCUCUUGUUUUAUCAAGGAACUACUUGAUCUUCGAAAACAGGGCAUGGACGCCAUUGGAGAUUCUUACCAAAGCGGUAAGUAAUGCAAAAGAAUGGCAUCUUGCUCAGAUAUCUACCACUCAGCCUCGCGCUUCUAUGUCACCUAGCUCGAUCCCACCCUUACAAAACACAUGCCUGCUAUGCUUUACUGAUGCAGCGUGGCAUGCUACAACAUCUAAAGCGGGAUGUGGGUGGAUCUUCAUCACCCAGAAGGACGAGCAACUACAUCAGGAUACGACUACAUUUGAUAACACCUCGUCUGCACUAAUAGCUGAAGCGUUAGCUAUUAGAUCGGCUCUUCUCAACGCCCUCGAAGCUGGCUUUACAAGAAUCUGCAUCAAGUCAGAUUGUCAAGCACUUGUUGCUGUCAUCAACUCGAAGAAUCACCCGAAGGAUCUCUACGGAAUCUCACGGGACAUCGAGCAUCUAUCCCUCUCCUUUGAUUGUAUUGUUUUUUCUUAUGUAUCCAGAAACUUGAACUCCUUGGAUGAUUCACUUGCUAAAUCAGUUCUGUACUUGACUACCACCAACUAUUUUUAG